UUUACUGAAUUUGAGCCGAAAAAUAAAAUUUCCUGCUCAUGAUUCGCACAUACGCAAAGUAAUCUUGUAUGGCUCCCGCCGCUAAUUUCCUCUAUUGAUUUUGCAGAAAAAAUGUGCGCAUGGUACUUGGGUAAGUACGAUAUAAUGGGUAGUAAAAUUGAUCUAAAUGACCACGAACGAGGUUUAAAUUAUGUUCCACUCUCAUCCUCUUAUCUUCGCGACAGAAAAAGAAACACCUCUGCAGCACCAGGUUAUUUAGCACUAUAAACUAUAUAUCCUUAAUUCACCUCAUCACGUCAACCUUAUCAGUCGCACUUGGUAAAUAAUAGAAGAUUUCACAAGAAACGACCGAAUCCGCAGACGUGGACUACUACACUUUCUAAAAAAAAAAAACUUCCACAACUAAUCUUUCGAGGAAACGAGAAAAUCCUGUGGGAACCGAAGCCGAUGAACCUAUACUACUCUUGUUCUUACUUCUGCCUUUUCGUUUGGAUCAGGUUACGAACGCGAAUUACGAAUAAUUCAAUUUCGAUUCGCACCCGAAAGGUAAAGAGCAUGAAAUGCACAAAACACGACAGCAUCAUCUUCAUGAGGCUGAAACGAGUCGCCAUGCGCCGCUUCUUGAACGCUCCCUCGUGUCUAAAAUCCUCACUGGGCUUGUGCUGCUUGGCCAUCAUCACACUCUUGUUGCUGGUAAAUGACCCAGGGUGUUGGUGUUCCCGCGAAAACUGCCAACAAUCGUAUCCGCUCGUGUGCAACCACGAAGAAUUCUUCAUUCAGGACUUCGAUCAAAGCUUCGGAAGGAAUCGCACUUACGACGACCUGCUCGUCGAUCACAUCAGAGAGACUUUCUUGUGGCCGCCUUCCGAGGACGAUUAUAAUCUGGAAAAUGAUCCGCGAAAGGUGCGGUCAGCCGACAAGAACGAAGAGAAUCCUGCCAACCGUUUUGUGAAAAACGUCAUCAUGAAGGAGCUCUUCCCCAACAAAUACAACGGCGUGUUCUUCGAAGCCGGAGCACUAGAUGGGGAAACUCUUUCCUGUUCCUUGUAUUUCGAAGUGGUUCGCAACUGGACAGGACUCUUGGUCGAAAUGAAUCCCCUGGCGAUGGAGAGACUCAUCAGCAAGAACCGUAAGGCCCAAAUUGCUCCAGUCUGUCUUUCAACAACUGCGAUACCGCAAAAGAUGCCGAUGACCAUGAGAUACGAUCCGAAAUUUCCUUACACCAUGUGGGGCGCAUCUGUGAACGGUCUAGUGCGGAAUCACUUACGGUAUCACGUGAAACCGCAGAAUUUCCUCGAGGUGACGGCGAUAGUGGAUUGCUAUCCGUUGCCGGCUGUUUUGGCAGCUGCAAACAUUUCCAGCAUUGACCUUUUUGCGUUGGAUCUGGAGGGUGUUGAGCUGCAGGUCCUCAAGACUAUCGACUGGAAAGCCGUCACUAUAAAAGUGAUCAUCUUAGAUCUCAUCCAUACGGAAGAAGGACCAGCGGAGGUACAACGAUUUCUACACCGGAAAGGGUUCAGGCAGGUUUACGGGGACUGGGAACCAGUCAUCUUUGUUUCCAAGCAGUACUUGCAUACGCUUCGAAAAAGACAAGGAUUCUUGACAAUAGAAGGUGUGUCAGCUGAAUGGAAAGGUCCUUCUAAAGCGACUUUCAAGAAUGAAUGCGAAGCAAUUUUCAAAGUGUUUUCGCGGGGCUUGAUUUCUAUUGCCACUGUGUUGCAUCGAACCAAAGAAGUUCGCGAUUUCUUCCCCACGAUCAUGGAGAAGGUUUUGGAACCGUUGCGAGGCAUGAAAUGGAAUGAGGAGCAACUCGAAUGUUUUCUGACUUGCUACGUAGCAGCUGGGAUGAAGUUGGAUUUGGCGAAAAAGCGUCACUUGCAAGAUCGGGAGCAACGGACUAUGCGUGAAAAGCUUAUGGACACGAUACAUGAAUACGAUGAAGAUAUGUAUCCAAGAGCUGCAUUGCGCUUGAAGAAAUGCGCUUUUCUAGAAGUUCGGGAAAAAUUGUCGAUUGCAUCCGUGUGUUCUCAGUCAGCGUUAUGAGCAUUAUUUUUCAAUGUGAGGAUUUUUAUAUGUAAUGCGGAAAACAGGUGCAAUUCUUUUCAUCCCCUGAUGUGAGGUUUAUUUUGCAUGGAGUUGACUUCGUAAUUCUCUACUUUUUGUUGACCUGAGACGCGGAUGGAAAC